AAGUACGCACCGACCCAAACAACAGUGCCACAGUCCGUGCCUACAUCGGCCAAGGUAUUUAUUUUCUUAAAAUGCCGAGUGGUCACAAAAAGUGCUGAGCACUGCGACGCGACGACGGGCGAUAUCUGGGAACCGGCCUUAUUUAUUUUUUAAUACACUGUUGCACUUCCCUUGGUUGACGUCUAUGGUUGACAUGGGUGCCGAGACGGAUAAACGUUGUAAACUGUGCGGCAAGGAAAUAUUUUCUUUUAGUUCGGGUCGCGACAAAGAAAUGAAAAUGUGGUUAAAAUGUGCCUUUCCCAAUUUGGAAAACUAUCUCGCGAAUAGUAUUUGUAAGGAUUGUUCCGAAUUUAUGAAGUCUAUCUAUUCGACGAAGGAAUCAUUUAUAAUAAAAACAGAAACACAAAACGAGGACAAAAAACAUAUAAUCAGUUUAUGCAAGAGAUGCGGAACCAACAAACCAAUGGAAGAAUUACAUAUUAACAAGGGUUUCUUAAAUGAUAUAAUCAGUUAUAUUUUUGGAAACAUUUCAUUGAAUUCGAUUGCUAUACCCACAGAGUCAAUAGUUUGUAGCGAAUGCUGGUAUUUGGUGAAGAUAUUAUAUAGUUUUAAAACGUUUUGUAACAGCUUCGAAAUGUUUCUAGAACAGUACCAGUCUACAGUAAAUUUGCCUACUAAUAUACACGAAGAGUGGAAGAAAUUUAUGCAAUAUAUUCAAAAAAUCGAUAAAAUAGGAGAUAAUAGGACAACCUUUAAAUUCCUUAAAAAGAAAUGUAUGUUUAAUAAUUCACAACCUGUAGCUAAUCAUGGAGUACAAGAAAGAGAAAUAAGUUCUACUGGCAAAGAUAACAUAUCCGAUCCUGAUAUGGAUACGGAUGAUGUACAAAUUGUAUCACAUGAGCCUCAAAGUGUUAAUGUGCAGAAUAUUAUCGAUUUAACAUGCGAUGAUAUGUUUUUUAAUACAUUUCGAUCCAGUGAUAGUACUAGUAACAGAAAUGAGGAAGAAUCCAUUAUAGUAGAAGACGAUGAAGAUGUCUACAUUGUUGACGAUAUCGAAAGUGAAAGCACUGAAUUGCGACAGGAAGAUGAUAAUAACCUUCUAGAAAAUGUAUAUACUGAGGAAGUUACCCAUUUAAAUACAGAUGAUAAUGAAAAUUAUGUGAUUCCUUCAAAAACUUCUGAAAAAAAGAUAGUACAAAUGAAGGAAAGGAAAUUAAAUGAUACGCGUAGAAAGGAUUAUGAAGCUUGGGGUUGUUAUAAAUGUGUCGCAACCAACAACCAAAAAAAGGCUAUGAGAUUCCAUCAGUUAAGUCAUGAGGAACCUCUGAAUCAGUCUGGUAAAUUUGCUUGUAAAGAAUGCCCCUUUAGGACGCACGUAAAAAGGAGUUUUACUUUCCAUAAUCGUUUUCAUUUGACAUCGCAUAUGAUAAAUACUUGUCACAAAACUGAGAUAUACUUCUGUAUGUAUUGCUGUAUCGUUCGUAGAUCAAGAGGAAAAAUCCAAGCUCACAUGAAACAGCACAUAAUAUCGGACAAAGAAUAUCAAUGUAUCGACUGUAACUAUACCGUUGAUCAGAGUGUAUUGCUGAAACAUCACUAUGAGGCUUGCCAUAAUGAAAAAUAAACUUGUUCAUAUUUUGAUUUAAAAAAUCAACAAUUUAUGAAAGAUGCUCGACGUCAUCAAAUUGGAGCUGUCAGCUACAUCAGUUUAGAACUGAGUUAUAAAUUAUAAACUUUACACGUGCCAUUGAAGCCAAAAAGUUGAAAAUGUAAUACAAAAAUUAGGGUUAAUUAAAGAUUUAUAUAACUGUUGUUAUUGA